CCUUCCCCUCCAGUUGCCAGAACCAGGCCUUCCCGUCACCUGUCCGUUGUUCUGGACUGAGUUUGAAGGUCACUGCUACCGUUUCUUCCCUCUGAACCGUGCCUGGGCCGAGGCUGACCUGUACUGUGCUGAAUUCUCCAACGGUCUCAAGUCUGCCAAACUCACCUCCGUACACAGCUGGGAGGAGAAUGUGUUCGUCUUCACGAUCUCGUCAACAGCCGUAUCCCAGGGAUACCAACAGACAUAUGGAUCGGCCUUCACGACAGGAGACAGGAGGGGCACUCUGGAGUGGACCGACGGCAGUAACUAUGGAUACAGCUACUGGGAUGGCAACCAGCCUGACGACGGCAUACACCGCAUCCCCGAAAAGGAAGACUGUGUCGAGAUCUGGUACAGGCAGAACAGCGGUUCAUGGUUGAGCCUGGGGAUGACCUACAGGUUCAUGAUUGAGCCUGGGGAUGACUACAGGUUCAUGAUUGAGCCUGGGGAUGACCUACAGGUUCAUGGUUGA